AGCGCAAGGUCAACAUGGCCAAACGGAAGCGCGAAGAAUCUGGAACUGGAGACGCGGUCAAGCAUACCCGAGUUAAGAGUUCAAAAGCUCCUCAUUCCCCUUUUCUCCGCCUUCCCGCCGAGUUGAGGAACGUCGUAUACACCUACGUCUUCAGCGGCACCCACCAUGCGAUAUCCAAUUCUGGCUUCAGGUUGACAGCUUGCAACAUGGGUCUACUCCUCGUCUCCCGUCAGGUCCACAUAGAAUGCGCUCUGUUGCCGUACAAGCUGUCCACCUUAUCAUUCAGUUUCACGGGCCCCAUUCGUAGGUUCUUGGAGGCGAGAACAGAGCAGCAGUUGCGGUCUAUCGAGGAUAUGCGUGUCUUCAUGUCGUUUGGAGGCAGUAGUCGGCAUACUGGGUCCUCCUGGUUUGAGUAUCUCGGUUGCGAAAAGAAGUGA